ACAAGACUGGAAAAUCUUCACAGCUGCAACUUUGGGGCUUUCGUAAACACUGACCCUGCACAGUACGAGAUUGGAUAGACUAUGUUAACUGUAUUAUUUGACGAAGUAAGACGAGCACGCAUCUGAUGGAGACCGCGUUACGAUGGGGUUCAUUAAUAUUUACCGAUGUUUAACGACAACAACUUUACGCACGGGGGAGGCUGAGGCGUGAGGACAGCUGCGGGACAAGAGCAACAAAUGGAGCCAGCCGAGGAGGAGUUGUCGCAGAUCACCUCAUGGCUCUGGGAGCAGGGUCUGAGGCCUGGAGCCUCUGCAGAUGAACAGCUGUGUUGUUUGUGGAGGGGGCUACAGCGAGCUCAGGGAAACCUCAGCAGCCUCAGUAAGACACUAGACUCACAACGAUCGCAAUACGCCGCAGAAAUACUAGAGGUUAGUAAAUCUUUGGAGCAGAUUCGGGUGUUCACUGGACAUAAAGACGUUUUGGCUCAAGAGAUUCAAGAUGAGAAUGACCAGCUCAGAGAACGACUGCAGCGCCUGGUGUCUCUACAAGAUUUACAGAUAAGUGAAGUGGCUAAGAUGCUGUACGACCAGGGCCUGACAGAGCUGAUCCACAGCAGCCCCAGUGAACAGGUGGCCUACCUCCUGGUGGAGAGGGCCUCAUUGCUAGAGACCUCACAGGGGACAAACACUGCAGGUCAGAAUGGAACAGGGGGCCAGACCUGCACCUCCACCAUGGGACAUACUUCCCACAAGAGGGCACUGCGCCACAGCCAAAGCCCUUGGAAAAAACUCUUGGGACUCCACAAAAAUCAGAAAUGUCUGCUUAUUCCUGCUGAGUCUCGACAUUCGGCAGAACAAACAAACAGUGUUCAAAAAGAGUGUUAUCGACUUGAGCGAGAUUUGGAGGAGGGGUCCAGACGACUGGCCAUGGCACACAAUGAAAUCAGGCAACUGACAAAUGAGCUGGAGUGUGCACAGAAGAUUCAGAGGGCCUAUGAGCCUGAACUGCAAGCUGCAAAACAUGAAGUGGAUCAACUCAGACAGGAAGUAGAACAAAUCAAGAAAUAUGAGAUGAAGGGUCUGAGAGAGGCCAAAGAGACAAAUGACCGCUUGGACUGUCAGAUCCAGUGCUUACGAAGCAGACUGCGGACCAUAGAGGCUGAGGGCGGCUUACAACAGAAGGGGGUGCUGAAGAAGUUUCAAACUGUGCAUGCGCAGACAGACCCAACUUCAGAGCCUGAAGAGAUCACAGUUCUUCAGACAGAGGUGGAGAAGUUGCAUGUCAUCCUACAGGAACAGCAGACUAAAGCCGAGAAGUCCAGUGAAUUGAAUAAAACUCUAGAAACUGAAGUGAACCAAAACAUUGAAGUCAACAUAAAAUUACAGGAGAAAAUUGAUUCUCAGAUGAAACGAUUACUGGAACAAGAAUCAGAGAUAGAGGCUCUGAAGCUGGAAUUGGAAAAUUGUCAAAGGGAAAACAAGCACCUGGAACAAAUACACCUGGAUGUCUCGGCCAAUUAUCAGCAGCCCUCUGAAAACCUCAAAAGUGUUGCACAAAAGGACGAUUGUGAUUCAGUACCCACCAAAGAUGUGUGUAAAUUAGUAAAGAAAGAGAUCUGGGAAACUCUGAAAUGCUUCGACCAAGAGCGAAGGAACUACCAGGAGAUGCAGCAAAGACUUCAACUCAAAUUGCGUUAUGUUAAACUUAAACUGAAAGAUGAGAUGAAAUGGAGAGAUGAGAAGAUGGAGGAGUUAGAGAGAGAGUUGUCCCUCUGCUCACAUGCUUUAACCAUGGAAAAGGAAUUCAACAUGAACAUAAUGAUGGAAAAUGACAAACUCCUUAUCGAGAGGAGGCGGCUGGUGCAGGAGCUGAGUGAAGAGCUCAACAGCAACAAGAAACACAUCCACUUUGCACUUCAGACCAGGACAGAUCUUCUGGAAAUGGAGAAUAGAACACUGCAAAAUAGAGUAGUUGACUUGUCCAAUCAGAUCACCACAAUGGAGAUCUUACUACGGAACGUCCAGUCUCUGAGAGCAGCUGAGGAGCUGAAGAAUACCUGUGAUCUUCGAAAGGUCCUAACUCAACUUCCUGCACAGACACCCAGUUUCCCGUCAUCUGAUGUGACCUGUCAGACAUGUUGUUCGCUGGAAGGUGCAGAAACGUGGUCGCCGUGCUCUAGUUUAGCUCGUUCUGCAGAAAUGGGAUACUUCAACCUCAAUUCCAGCCACAACCAUGUCACCUCAACACCACUGACUCAUAACACACAAGCUACGGUCUACAUGCUACUAAAAUAAAUAAAUACAAGUGGGGUUGAAAAGAAAACACGGUCU